AUAAAAUCGGUUAUAAAGUGCGGUUCUGCAAUAUGCGAAAGCGUACACGCGGUGGCUUUACUGGUUAAACUAGGCUACCUGUAAUUCAGUAUUUUCCAUGUUCCGAUACACAAGCGCCAUUGCCACCACCACUCGGACACACAAAAUGAUUAAAAUAGCGAGCACACUACUUAUUCUACUAAGUCAGACUUCUAAGGGAUUUUCCACAGCCAUAAAUUAUCCACAUUAUGACCUUGCGGAAUUCUGCGGCCGAACCAUUACUGUGCCGUGCCCAUAUGCAACCGGAGAAGGUGGAACACUGAAAUUUAUUUCGCGACCACGGAAACCAUGCAGAGUAGAACUGAGACUAACGGAUCCUUGCAUUCCAUGUGCUAAUGACCCCUAUUCAAAUAUCUUGCCGAAAUAUGGAUUUUACCUGAAUUUCAGAAACGCAACGAAGUACCAAAUGGACGCGAUUCAUUUGCGAAGUGUUGCAUCCGGCAAACCGGUAAUGACGCUGCUUCCUUCCAAGUCUCUAAGCUCCACAGCCAACCCGCCAUCCGUGACGCAGUAUAAAACACCCCUAGCGAAUGUUGGACAGGCGCCAUCAAUAUUCAUCGAAUACAUGCCGGCAUUUACGUUGUCGGAAGUCGACGACAGCAUUGAUACCAACAUUACCAUUGAUUACGUUGUUACCGAAAGCUUGGCGGGACAAUAUCAGACAGCCGUAUUAUGCAGCGCACUUCAGGUUUAUGUUAGCCGGCGACUGAUUUGUGACUCUACUGACAAUCGCAUUAACUGCCCUAGAAGCUACGAAUUUGACGCUAACAGUUACACAUACAAGCCGGCUCAGAACAGAAGUUUGCAAUGCACAUCGUUGCCGGCACCGCCAUCUCCUUUCAGCACAACCAAUCCCACAAUAAACGUAGAACAACGUUGCAAUGACGUCAUUACCUUUCCUUGUCCAACCGAAGCCAAACCUGUUUCCGGAUCGCUUGCAUUCCGCGGUACUCCGAGGAAAAGUUGCGAGGUCACGGUGCAGUUACAGGAUAACUGCACGAACUCGAUGUUCCACAGUUUUGCGAUCUAUCUAAAUAUCCGACAAAUUGUCACCGGGGGAAACGGUUCCCGGUCUCAUGCGCUCGAAAUUUACGAAGGAUUCGGCAACAAUCGCACUCUGGGUAAAACACUAAAACAGCAAAAUGUCACAUCAUUCGUCCCUUCGGUCUCACAGUACAUCACGAGCUACGACCGGCAACCUCGCAUCCAUCUACUGUACCGCAGAAAAAGCGAUGAUACAGAAUGUGAUUCCAAGCGCGAUAUUCUGAUCGAUUUUACUGUUUUGCUUGGAACGGACCAACCAGGAUCCCAAAGUACCUACUGUGGCGCUCUCCGUGGUUUUAUCCACAAUAGUUUGCUAUGCGAGCAACAAACUACCCGUAUUUACUGCCCUAGAAACUACGAAGAUUCCCUCGGACUGAAUCCAGCGGAGGACAGUCAGUGCGUUAAAGACGAUUCAAGAGUGACGUAUCAAAGGCUGGCAUUGAAUUGGAAGCAAAAUACAUUGACUAUUCCGUGUCCCGAUGCGUUGUAUUACCAGCGUGGACGCGUGGGGAACCUAACCGUUACGCGGCGCAAUGUCGCCUUUAGCGUGAACAUCAGUCUGCCAAGCAACUGUGGCACUGAUAAUAACGACACAUUCGCUUUUUAUUUCAACAUCAAACGAGGCAGAUCGGUGUCGAUCCUUAAGCAAUAUCCGGGAGAACCUGACCUGCGACGGGAAAAACAGAUAGCACAAUCUUCUUCCUCGGACUUAUCGAUCGCGCAGUAUUUAUCGCCGUAUGAAAAACAACCAUCCGUGGUACUGGCUUUCGAGCCACUCGGAGAUAUUUAUCUUGAUUAUGCCGUUUACUCCAAGCGAAACCGUACCGGAUAUUCUGGGUAUUGUCCAACUCUGGAAGGGGCCCUUACGCUAAACUUGCUCUGUGAUUCAAACGGUAACGAAGACCGCAUCAACUGCCCAUAUUCUUAUAUUCCGACAGAGGGAAUGAAUCCUGCAAACGCGCGCUUCUGCACCAAAUAAAAGGGCCAAAACAGUGCUUCAAAAAGGACCAUUGGAAAUUUGCUAUAACUACCGGCUGAAGCGCCAAAGUAAAUAAAUCAGAGUGUAAAAAUGUCUUUUCAUAUUUAUUUGCAAAUCGGUUUGUUGAUGGUUUUAGUAAUGAACUGGUUUCAAGCCAUGACAAUGCGUUAUUUUAGAAUAAUGAUGUGCUUUUACAUACCUUGAUAUGACUUUGAUUUGAUGUGCCUUGUAUAUGUAGCUUGACUAAGAUUGCAGAAAA